AUGGUGAAAUUCCUGCUGAUUGCUCUUUCCUUAGGUUUAUCCUGUGCACAUCACAAAUCUCUUGAUAUCAGUCCCGCAGAGGUUAAUGGGGACUGGCACACCCUUUACAUAGUUGCAGAUAAUGUGGAGAAGGUAAAGGAAGGUGGAUCCCUGAGAGCUUACUUUCAGCAUAUGGAGUGCAGUGAUGAAUGCCAGACACUCAAAAUCAAAUUCAAUAUCAAGGUGGACAGCGAGUGUCAGACUUACACUGUUGUGGGAGAAAAAAAUGAAGAUGGGAAGUACAAUACUGAUUACGCCGGCAAAAAUUUCUUCUAUGUUGUAAAGAAGACAGAUGGUGUCAUUUUCUUUCACAAUGUUAACGUGGACGAGAGUGGAAAGGAUACAAAUGUGAUUUUAGUUGCUGGGAAAGGAAAGACCCUGAGCAACGCACAGAAGCAGGAGCUUAGGAAGCUGGCCAGGGAAUACAACAUGCCAAAGGAGAAUAUCCAGCACUUGGUGCCCACAGGUAACAUCACUGUGCUUCACGCAGCCAACGAAUGCACCUGA